AUGACAAGGGAAACUCCUUUUACUUUUGAAGUUCAUUCAUCUUCCUCACCAAUUGUUAUCCCAGCACGAAGGACUUCGUCUAACAUUUCUACACCUUUGACGCCACCCAAAAUGUCUCCGAUAACUGGAAGUCCUGUGUUGGAGGGCGAACUAGUUACUUUAACUUCCUCGCCACCCAAAAGUAGCAGCCUUAAUUUACAUUAUAUGUCUUCGUCACCAGUAAAUUCUACGACUAAAGAUUUGUUUGCUUCACCGCGCUAUUCUUCUUAUUCUCCUUCUUACACUUCACCUCCAAAUACCACAAACUUUAAAUCGGAGGUCACAAAGGCUGGUGAAUAUUUUAAAAAAAGUAGAUCAUACUCGCAUGCAAAGAGUACCUCGGACAUUUUAGGUGUUAACCACCAAAUUUCCAGUCUCACUAAAAACCCUUUCAGUGAAUGUGAAAUUUUUACUACUGAAGUAUCAAAAAUUUUACCUGAAUCUAAUGCAAAAAAAUUAAAUGGAACAGCUAAACCCUUAUCUGAAAAACUUCGUCGACGUAGUAGUUGGGAUAUCGUUGAAUUGCUAGCUUUGGAUAAUUUUAGAAAUUGGAUGGUGUGUUUUUGUGUAGUCAAUUUUGAUCUAGAAUUAGGUCAGGCAAUGGAUUCUAUGUAUCCUUCUUCUGAAUUAGAUGAAGAAGAAAAGAAAAGCAUUUGCUUUUCUGCUUUUCCAGAUUCAAAUUCGUUUGAUGUUGGUGAUACUGUUUUCAAUUUUCGUAUAAGAUGUUCUAAAUCAGGAUUGGCUGCUUCAGGUCCAACAGCUGAUGCUGGAUUUUUGUAUGGUUAUGUGUUCUUCCGACAGAAAAAAGAUCCGCGAAUAAAACGUGGAUACUUUCAGAGAUCUUUGGUACUCUUAUCUCAAUAUCCUUAUGUCGGUCUUUUCUCUAGAGUGGUAUCUAUCCUUGGCCCUGCAUAUUUUGAAGUAGGCAAUCCAAUGCUCGAAGCAGCAUGUCAUGAUAUCGCUAGCUGGAAAUCUCCAUCUCCGAGUAAAUUAUUUGAUCUUCCCUUUCUUGGAAAUGUUAUACAAGUUGAAAUCCCACAACCAAAUAAGCCACAACUUCUUGAAACUUGUCCUUUUGACAUGGCGAAUUAUCGUCCAGAUCUUCAAAUACUUGCUUCAUUACCCCCCACAACAAUGUUUACUCAUUUUAGAGACAUGAUUAAAGAUUUGUGGUUAUGUUGGGAGUUGAUGUUAUUUGCAGAACCUAUUGUUUUAAUGGCUCCAGAUCCAAAAAUUUGUAGUGAAGCUGUACUUGAAUUGAUGGAUAUCAUAAAUCCUAUACCAUAUUGUGGUGAUUAUCGCCCAUAUUUCACAAUUCAAGACUUGGAUUUCAAAUCUUUUGUAACAAAAAAUAAAGUACGUGUUCCACCUUCUAAUGUAAUAAUUGGCGUAACAAACCCUUUCUUUGUUAAAGCACUCGCUCAUUGGCCAAACUUGGUACGAGUAGGGAAGCCAAAAAUAAGAAAAGGCACAGAUGGUUAUAAUUCAUGGAGAGGAUCACAUGCGUCCUCACUAGAUUUUGUUCAAGGUAUAAAAAGUAAACGUAAAUCCGUCAUAGCCAAAGAUAAGGCAAUAUUAAAACGGUUAGCAGAAGCAGUGGCUCGUGGUUAUCCUCCAGAUCUUACAGAAAAGUUUUUGGUACCACUGAAUCGUUAUUUCUCUACGCUGAUUCCAUUUCAUAUUACGCUUUCGUCUUCACAAGAACCUCCACAACUCAAACCAUUUAAGACGAAUAGUUUUUUAAAAUCUUUGCAGGAACAUGGACCACAAAUCCCAUUUAAGUCGAAAAAAUUCCCGUCCAACACAACAGAAACGUAUUUGAACUUUUAUGCACAAUUUUUAAAAUGUGGUAACUUUGCAACUUGGCUUAGACAACGUACGAUAGAAGCGCAGAAUGAGUUACGUAAAAGAUAUUUACAAGUACUUUGUGAAGGUGAUGUAAAAUCAUGGAUGGCUGGCAAGCAUGAAAUGGAAUUGGUAGAUUUGUUAGUCAGAGUCAAGGAUGAAUUGAAAUUAUCAACAAAGCAAGAUUUAUCAUCAGAUUCACAAUUGUUGGUUAGAGAGUGCGAUCAUAUAUCACUAUCAGUACCAACGCCUAAACAGCGAGAAAAACUAAAAGCUCAAGCGGAUAUUAUAAUCUCAGGACUGCCUAAAGAUUUGAGGGAGUCAUUUACAGCGGGAAUAUGA